GGUCUCUUUCUCUCUCUCAACAUAUACCUAUACAUGCAUGUAUCUGUAUCUCUAUCUGUAUCGAAGUACUCUCCAAUACCUUUAGUCAAUCUGUAUGUUGUUUUGGGGUCCUGAUUAAUGCCCUUUCUUUCUGUUGCUUUCUCCUUGUUAAAGUUUUGGUUUUUAUUUAGAAACCGGAUUAAUUAGGCGUUUUUCCUAGUUUGACCAGAAAUUAGGGUUUUCAUUUUGGUUUUUACAUGUUGUUAAGGGGAAGGAGACGAUGGAUUCAAUGAUCCUGGACUUGAAUUUGGGUCCUUCUCGUUGUUUUCUAUUUGAAGACCAGAUUAAUUAGCCAUUGUUGUUUAGCUUGAACAACAAAUUGGGGGUUUUCUUUUGUUUUACUUACCUGUUUUUGAAGUUAGGUUCUUUAUCUGAAACCAAACAAUUUUGGGCGUUUUUUCAUUGGUUGACCGAAAGGGAUUAGGGUUUUGAUUGGUUCAAGGAGAAGUUAGGGUUUUUUGAAUUUUGGUUCUUGUUGAGCUAUAAUGGGGGACCAGACAACAAACACGAUGAAUCUGGACUUGAAUUUGGGUCCUUCUCCGUCACCUGACAAUGAUGUGCAGGCAUUGGGAUCGUUGUCCAAUGAGUCCGUCAAUUUGGAGGAUUGGAUAGACAGUCGUGUUAAUCGUGUUCGGGUUAGAGACAAUUUAAGGCUGAGAGCUAGGCAGAGGUGGCGAUACAUGCGGCGACAAGUUCCGGUGUCGCCUGAAACAAGAAACAUUGCCCUAGACUUGAUGGUCAGUUCUACUAAUGUUGUUGGUGUCACCUUGCAGACCGGGGAAGGUAGCGUCUCCCCGGAAGAAAGAAAUGGGGAGAAAACAUGUGAGAAUAAUGUGACCCACGUGGAGAAUGAACAGUUUGGGAAGAAGGAAGAUGAGGAAAAGACUAAUUCUGAGGAUGGUAGCUUUUUCGAUUGCAAUAUAUGCUUGGAGUUGGCAAGAGAGCCUGUUGUGACUUGUUGUGGUCACUUGUUUUGUUGGCCUUGCAUUUACCGUUGGCUAAAUGUUCACUCGGACGCCAAGGAGUGUCCUGUGUGUAAGGGAGAAGUGACGGUUAAGAAUGUUACCCCGAUAUACGGCCGUGGAACGAACACUCACGAUCCGGAAGAGGAUCCAAGUCUUAAGAUACCCCUUAGGCCCAAUGCAAGGCGAGUUGAGAGCUGGAGGCAAACUAUUCAGAGGAAUCCAUCUCCAGUGGAGGAAAUGAUGCGGCGUUUUGUCCAAAUCCCACCGCAGAAUACAGGGAGUAAUAACAACUCGUUACUCAAUCGGAUUCUGACUUCUAGGGGAAUGCGCGGAGAACAGAGUACAGUGGUGCCACCAGAAGAUGUGGUUGAUGUUGAUUUAACGCAGAACAUCCCUACAAAUUCUGAUGCGGGUGAGAGUCGUUGGCUUUCAUCCCUUUUACUUAGAAGAUCGCAUAGAGCUGCGACGAUUUCUAAUCUUACAUCUGCUUUGAGUUCAGCGGAAAGGAGAGUGGAGUCGUACUUUCGCUACCAUCCUGUUGAAAGAUAUGAGGAGCAGCCUCUGGGGGUUGAUGAUAGGGAUUCUGUUUCAAGUAUUGCGGCGGUGAUACACUCAGAGAGUCAGACAGUGGAUACUGCAGUUGAAAUAGAUUCAAGGGUUUCUGUUUCUACUUCAUCAUCGCGGAGAAGAAAUGAUGCUUCAAGAGUUUCAGAUGUGGACAGUGGCGAUUCCAGACCACAUAGAAGGAGGAGAAUGAACUGAAAAAUGGCCUCACCAUUUAAUAAUGAUUCCAGAAUCUCAUGAGGAUUUAGGAUUCUUAUCAUAUUUGUAUGUUUUUCGUGAAACCUUUCUGAACUUUUCUGAUUAGAAUAUGCAGUUGGCAGCAUUAUUGCUCUCGUUUAAGUGGUCUGUAGUUUCAGUUUGUUUGGAAACUCAAAUAUAUGUUGAAGCAAACCAGGCCCAGUUAAUUGUUGCCCCUGUACUUAUCAUGUAUUUGUAUCAUAGGCUUCAUUAUCUUCA